UAGUACUUCCGCCGUGUUGUGGACUUUAGUCGUGCAGCUUGACGCAGUGACAUAAAACCGCGGCGUGUCUUCUGGAGUAAGGGAUUCCCAAACCGUUGCUUGAUCAUCUCGAACGCGCUACAGCUAUCAUGGGGGUUAUCAUAAUUGAGAAUCUGGAGCAUUUCAAUGCUGAACUGAAGAAGGCUGGAGACAAGCUGGUGGUGGUGGACUUCACAGCCACCUGGUGUGGGCCCUGCAAAAUGAUUGGCCCAGAAUUCCAUAAUCAGUCAACUCUUGCUGAGAAUGCGAACGUGGUUUUCCUGCAGGUGGACGUGGAUGAUGCUGAUGAAGUGAGUUCGUUUUGCAAGAUCGGCUGCAUGCCCACAUUCCAAUAUUACAAGAAUGGAACAAAGGUGGACGAGUUCUCUGGUGCCAACAAAGAUUCAAUGCUCCAGAAACUGAAAGCUUUGAGGACAUAGACCUCCACCGAGCAAUCCACACACACAUCUUCAUUGUAUAAAAACCACAGAAACCAAUAAUUGCCCUCUGUACAUGUUAGAGAAAUUCCAGUUUCACGUAAUGUAAGACAUCCAUUACGUCUUCUAUUCCUCACGGUAUAGGACAUAAUAAUUUAUUCCACUCAUCAUGCCUUGUUGACUGUAGUACUGUUGAUUAAGUGUACGUAAUAUCUGAAGUCUAUUUGAAACAUGAUGACAACUUUUAAUUCUAUUUUAUAUGAGAUUGGCUUGGCUCCUGACUAACUCUGGAACUUUCUUUAUAUGUUGUGUUAAAGGUGGAUUUAAUAAAUAAAUAAAUGAUAAGUUAAAGGAUUUUUUAAACUAGUUUUCUGAUUCAUAUUUAAAUGCAUCAAACACUAUUUUUUCCUUUUAAUAAUAAAGAAUUGGAUUCAUGUUAAGGUA